GUUUCUAUUUAUUUGGGAGAUGAAAAUUCCAUUAAGAAAGAACGAACCUUCCCUCGUGCAAAACAGAUGGACUAAAUAGUAUUCCGUUUUCCAAACGCGUCCUCUUGACAAAAGUAAAAUUACAAGCACAAUCCAAUCCUCUCCUCUCUCCUCCGUUCUUAACUCUUUUUCCCGAGAAACAAACAAGUCUUAACAACGGAGAAGUAAAAUCUAGGGCUUCUGCACCUGGAAACCAGCCUCCGAUCCCCGAUUUUCUCUUAAAAUCACCCAUCGGAUGAAAUUAUUCAAACCCUAGGGUUUUUUUUCCUUACCUCCCCUUUUCAAUUUCGAUUUCGAUUCCGGAAUUUCGAAUUUUAUAUGUGUGAUCGGUCAGGGAAGAGCCACAGAAAUGUAUAGCAAUUUCAAGGAGCAAGCGAUAGAGUACGUGAAGCAAGCCGUACAGGAAGAUAAUGCGGGAAAUUUCGCCAAGGCGUUCCCUUUGUACAUGAACGCCUUGGAAUACUUCAAGACCCACUUGAAGUACGAGAAGAACCCUAAGAUCAAGGAAGCCAUAACCCAGAAGUUCACCGAGUACUUGCGCCGCGCCGAGGAGAUUCGUGCUGUGUUGGAUGACGGCGGCCCCGGGCCUGCAUCCAACGGGGAUGCGGCAGUGGCCACCAGGCCCAAGACCAAACCCAAAGACGGGGAGGGCGGCGACGGUGAGGAUCCGGAGCAGGCUAAGCUCCGGGCCGGGCUCAAUUCGGCGAUUAUAAGGGAAAAGCCCAAUGUGAAAUGGAACGAUGUGGCUGGUUUGGAGAGUGCCAAGCAGGCCUUGCAAGAGGCAGUUAUAUUACCCGUCAAAUUCCCGCAGUUCUUUACUGGUUAGUUUGGUUCGUUUGUUUGUGAUAGUAGUUGGG